ACAGGAUGCGGGCUUUCGGUUUGAAUUUACCGCCGUGCUCCUCGGUGAGCUCCUGGCGGCCAAAUUCAAAACUUCAAAAAAGAUUCGCCUAGAUGGCGCUAGUUAACACUCUUCCAUGGUCUCGUGUAUGCUGGACGCCAUGCAUUUGUCUACCUGCUGCUGCGUGUAGCAGAAGUGUUAUCAUUUCUCCAUUGUCUUCACACAACUCGUCGCAGACGGCCAGCAUUCUCGCGCUGCUCUUCAGAGUGUUUCGAAACCGCAGCUGCUUUAUACUUCUGCUGGCUCUUCCGCUUUCUGGUGCUCUGUAAGUCCGGCCUUUCCUAAAGAAUACUGUGAUAUCACUCACCACAUACACAGACCUGCAGCAAGUACGAGCCUGCCCGUGUUUUAAGCGAGCACCAGUACGAGCGAUCGGGCGAUGGGCAACACAGAUGGCAGUGAAAGCCGCGAGCGCUCCGACGCGGAUGCGGAGACGGCGACCGCAGAUCUCCGCGCCGACGUGCUGCCUCCGCGGAAGGUGUUCUGGGAUCCCGUGCAUGGCCAAAUCUCGUUACACCCGGUGUCCAUAGCCGUGAUCGACACACCCGAGUUCCAGCGACUGCGGUACAUUCACCAGCUAGGGCACGUAGCCUACCUUUACCCGGGCGCCUCGAACAGUCGCUUUGAGCACAGCCUCGGCACGGCUCAUCUAGCUCGAGCGUUGGGCUCGCACCUACGUGAUUGUCAGCCUGAGCUAAAUCUGAGCGACAAGGAAUUGCUUUGCCUCGAAUUAGCGGGCCUGUGCCACGACCUCGGACACGGCCCAUUCUCGCACUUCUGGGAGCACUUCUACCGUCGCGGCGCUCGUGACAGGGGCCUGAAACCUCGUUGGACCCACGAGGCGAUGUCGUGCAAGAUUCUUGCGCACUUGAUCGCUGCGAACGGACUGGACCGGACGUUCGACGCAUGGGAGGCGAAAUGGCCCGGCCAAGGCCUGACAGCAGACGACGUCAAGUUGGUGCAGGGACUCAUAUUGGGCGACGCGAACGGUGUCGAACCCUCCCGGUGGUUCCUUUUUCAAGUGGUGAACAACCGCGAUUCCGGCCUGGACGUGGACAAGUGGGACUACUACCUGCGCGACUGCCACGCCGUCGGUCUGGCUUGCGGCUUCCAGUUCCAGCGGCUCGUUGGUAACGCGCGCGUCAUCGAGCACGAGGGCUUCACGCGCAUCGCGUUCCGCGACAAGGAGCUCAGCAACGUGUACGAGAUGUUCCGCAUGCGCAACACUUUGCACUACAACGUGUACCACCACCACAUGAUCAGCAUAUUCGAGGCCAUGAUCUGCGACGCGCUGCAGUUGGCGGACGAGAAGGUGGCGUCAGCCAGCGGCGGCGGUCGUCUGCGGCUGUGGUGGACGACGCACGAGGCCGGACAGCCGGACGCCAGCCGGCAGCAGGUCGAGGCCUUCGUCGCGCUCACCGACGCCUGGGUCGAGCUCUCCGUGCGCCGAGCCGACGCCAAGCAACAGCCCGAGGUUCUGCGCGCGCAGCAGCUGUGGAAGGCGCUCGAGACCCGGUCGUGCAGGCCCUGUCCGCUGUACCGCUUCCUGGGCAGCAUCCCCAAGAGCGACGACGGAGGGGUCGGCAGCAGCGAGGAGACGCUGCGCGAGGCCAUAAUGGCCGCGCUCCCGGAGGACGUCAAGCCCAAGGCGGAAGACCUCGUCGUCGAACUGGUCAACAUCCACUGGGGCUGCGGCGCGGAGGAUCCGGUGAAGAAGGUGCUCUUCUUCCGCAAGGCAGAGCCCGGCCUAGCGUUGCGCGCGGAUCAACUGCGUGAUCAGUCGCCAGUGCUUCCGUCCCGUUUCCAAGACCCGCGCUGGCACGUGCUGCUUCGAGCACCGGCCAAGCCGGGCUUGGACGAGCACAUCGAGCGCUGCCUCAAAGCGCUCCAGCGCCAGGAGUAAACGGCGCUGUCGCCUACAAGUGUAUGCCAAUGUUUCGCACGGGGUGUAGUAGAGCAAGCGUGCUGCCCCUUGAUUCAAGUUAUUCUAGAAUGCUGGUAAAUACACGGCAUAUCUGCGUUAGAUUGACCUAUAUGUAUACGUCACGCGAUCCGUCGCUACGCCGCGUGCGCGCGCACGGCUGACAACAUUGCUGCAUGCGAUGGCCAGUCUCGAUUUUCGCCUCCUUUCCAUUUUGGUGUCUAGUCUUAACUCUCUUGGACCCCGUUGUGAGCCCUAUCUUAUACAUGGCCGCUUGGUUGCCCUUCGUCUCGAAUGAAACUCGGUGGCAAUGCGCCCGUAACGUACGUUUCGCUAUAGGUUCACCAGUUUAUAUAUCCCAGUACUCGGAUGUUCAGUUCAGGUGUUAGCGUCACGCGUUGUCACGUGCCAAUUCGAGAAUAUAAGACGGUCCGUGAGGAAUGUGCGUUUAGUAGCAUCCCAUCUCCGUACGUAUAUCCAUCCUAUAGUAUAAUUGGGCAGUAGCACUAUAGCGCCAAAAUGUCACGCUCCGUUGUGGUUGUCGUCCUUGAGAACUUCGUUUAUUAAUUAUACAUUCCGUGGAAAGUGGCACGUGUAGUUUGAACAGCGGUGUGCGAGCAUUCGUUUGUGCAUGCGAAGCAGCAGCGUCAUCGAUGAGCGCCUCGCGUGAAACCUGGAACAGUCUCAGGGUUGUCGUUCUGUCCCUUUUGGCGGGUCAUAAAAGAGAAAUGUGAUACGGAGUUAGCCGAACGGGGGGCGUUGCGAUGAGCCCGCACGCGUCAUAGGACGAAAGAUAUAAGUUCGACUCAGCAGCCAAGCGACUGCGUCACACGUGUCGAAGUAUACACAGCUCAUGACUAUCUCAUUUUAAUAUAUGUUCCAAAGAAGGAAGGAUUGAAGCUAAUAUAUACUAUAUAAUAGUUUUUAUAUGUAACACUUCGAGUUCUAUAAUACUCUUUAAGUAUACAGAAGGAAAAGAUUAUAUAUAUUUAAGAUGUCUUUCCAAGCCAUUUGUGUUCAUAUACGAGGUGUUCCGGCGAUUGUCUCCAGUUGUAAAAAACAAAAGAGAGAGAGAGAGAGAAUCUGAAAUGAAGCAAUCAUUUAAAAUUUACUUACCAAAAUUAAUAGCUGCGACGGGCAUCAGAAACAGAUGCGGCCCGUAAAUUCUGCAAAUGGGAUACUGAGAGUAGCAUUCUUUUCGAGAUAUACAUCCUGAGCAUAUACCCUGAAUGCAUGUAUACGUGACGAAGACGGUGUGGGAAAGUUGAUAGGACGGCCAAUGCUGCCUUGCAGGAAGUUUGGGGACGCAUAUAUCUCGAAGCUGAAGCUAGUCUCAGGAUUUGUACUAAGUGGGACAUCACAAUUCCGCAAUUGCGGCAUGUGCCGUUAAAGCAAUGAAUUAACGAAUUAAAACGUUAAUUCGUAAAUACUAGUUAGUUGGCUUUUUUUGGCGAUUAUGGCGCGCAGUACGUUUCGCAUAUCCGCCAUUGCUAUGACUGACAUUCUCGAAUUCCUUUUCUGUCUCUCUGUGUAUCUCUCUCUAUAUAUAUAAAUGGAGACAGUCGUCGCUGAAGCAAACGAUAUUAAUAUACCGGUUGUGAGAAGCUGUCCCUCGUCAGUUCAAUACGGCGACCAUGGUAUUCUUGGACAGCAGAUAUAUGCGCGCAUUACUUAAUUCUUUAUCACAUGACUGUCCAAUGUCUUUCACCAGCCCGUGCAAUAGAAGCCCCGAGAAAGCGUCGUGGGAAACUUGUCAGCUGGCGCAAACACCCGAGCCAGCCGGCCUCGCGCGGUUACGGCGCACCGAUGGCCUCCGCGAUAAUGGACACGGCCGUGUGUACAUGUGAAAGUGAUCGGCAUGCCUGAACCCGUGGGUUUCACUGUGUUGUUCUUGGUCUUUAUUUCUGCUCUGCUGGAUUAAUAAAGUGCAUUGGCGAAC